ACACACGGAACAUCGCCGUUAGACGAGAACGCUAAAUUCUCUCUAUGUGAGAUAAUGGGAAAGUGUCAAGAAAACAGUAAGACCUCUUCAGAGCUCGUGCCUUAGUUACCCCCUACCAAAUACCGCGCCACGAAACCUUACCCCUGCCCUUUAUAUGGUCGGCUUUUAUACCAAGAGCAUCCCACUUGAAUUAAGAGCUUUGUGUUUGCAGCUGCAGCGACACGUUGAAAGUUUAUCAAAAAUGUGGCAUAGUGAGUUUACAACAAAUUGGCCCGGUAUGGUUCAGCAGCAGAUGCUUCCAUCCAGUUACCUAGAAGACGAUGACGACUCACACGUUAAAAGGCCGAUGAAUUCGUUCAUGAUUUGGGCAAAAAUUAUGAGAAGAAAGUUUGCUGAGGAGAACCCCAAACUACACAAUGCAGAGAUCAGCAAGCUGCUGGGAAAAGCUUGGAAUGAACUAACCACGAAGGAAAAGCGUCCGUUUGUCGAGAAGGCAGAAAGGCUACGAAUUCGUCACAUGAAGGAGCAUCCAAAUUACAGGUACACGCCAAAGAGGCGAUCGCAAGACAGGCGGCCUGGUCAGCGAACAAACUCCACUUACAUGAACCCGAGCUUCAUCAGCAACAUUUCAAACGUUGUAAUGAACAGUCAGGUAUUUGGACUGCCCUCUACUCCAGAUCUUAGUCCUAAAGAGAGACAUUAUGCUUCCACUCCGUACAUGGACCAUGCAGUGCAAUACCACCCCUCAGGAUAUGAAGAUUGGAACUACAAUACGUACAGGGAAUCGUUUGGAAGUCAUCGUGAUUAUCAUAGUUAUCCUCCGACAAGGUUAGAAAAAGACCAAGGCAGACCUCAUUUUAACGGUCCUUCAACCCCUGACUAUCGUAAUCCACAAUUUAAAGGGCCCGUAUGCUUCACAUCAGAUAGGAACACUUGUAGUUAUAAUGAGAGCCGACCUGGUACAAGCUCUGAACAGAUGUUUUACCCUGAAAACGCAAGGAAAGAUGUAACGUUUCCACCUUGCGCAUAUCAGUCCGGAAAGAUAAAAUCAUCAGAGAAUUAUUAUCUUAAUGAGCCUCGUUCAUCGAUUGUCAAAACUGUAGUACAUUCCGCAGGAAACGUUGGAUCUACUUUGGCCAUAGGCGAACAACAACAGUCUCAAAAAAUCGUCAGAAGAACACGCUUAAGUUCUUGUAGAUUUGCACAGCCUCAAGCAGUCGAAAAUGAUGAAGAAGAAGGUGAAGUGGAUUAUUCUGGACGGAUGAGAGAAAAUUCAGGGACAGUUUUAGAAAAUUUCACUGAACUUUUAAGCGAUGAUUUAGAUAGAGAGGAAUUCAGUAUGUACCUCGCCGAGGCGUACUGACUGAAAGAAGUUCUUCCACUGUUCUACGAUCAUCAGUUGUCAAGUUCCUCGUCAAAAUUCAAUGCAUAAUGGCAAAACAAUGACGGAUGAAGUACAAUUUUGUAUCCACCACGAAAGGGCGGCAUUAAAUUGAUAUUUGAUUAUCCUAUCAGAAGGAGUCACGAGUGGUUAACGAGUUUAGAAUGAGAUUACAUCAAACUAGUCGAGAGUGCUUUUGCUGUAAACGAACUGCUGUAUGCUGCGUGUUUGGGAACCUGUUUUCUUUCACCUUCAGAGUUUCUCGAGGACUUGUGAACAGCGUAUUUGCAGGCCGUUGAUGGAGCCCUGCUAUUAUCCGUUCGUAGCGUUUGUGAUGAAAACCUUUCGUUGUUCAGUUCGCCGGGGCCAUAGCUGCAUGCAAUGAUAAGGCGGUGAAAAAAGUCGAAGGUUAUCUCUUGCGACUGAUAGCUUACUUACUUUAUUGUGUAAAUACAAAGAGAUGGAAACAUUAGGAAUUUACGUGCAAUUUCGGUUAACCUUGUAGCAUAUGUCGCCUUUUAGUUUUGCAUAAUAGCCUCAGUGUUGAAGCAAUUAUACAUGAUAGCUUGGUCCAGACGGAAACGUGUUCAUAAAUCAAGUUCUCAGUGUGUCUUUUGUAUCAUACCCGCGAAUCUAAACUGAGCUUCACUUUGCAUGAGAUCAUUUUCAAAAGUUCAUUUGUCAUACUUGCGGGACUUUGUUGUAAAGAACAGAAUUAGAAAUUUCUUAUGUAACUGAUAAAUGUUUGAUGCUUUUUUUUCAAACAUUCUCGUUCUUUACGUUCUUGAGGUUACUGAUGUCCCCUGUGGCAAACUAUCAUAGCGAUAGUUGUCGACAAAACCGCCUACUAUGUGUGCUGCAGUUUGUAGAUAACUCUACGAGGCGGUAAAAUUACUCAAAUUAUUUUAGGAGCUGUUGACUGAUUACGGCUUAAACACGAUCUCGUUUGUUUCUGUGUUAAAUACAUUAAAAUUUUCUCUGAA